GUCAGCGACGCACCUGCGGAGCGCUCUGUCGCAUCAUCUCACUGGCGCUGCUUUAGAAUGAACGAGAGCAUCGCAACAUGCGUAAACUCCGCUCCGCUCGCGGAGGAUCUGGUGGUUGAAGUUUGCGAAUGACACGUUGGGCUCUGCACUCACAUAAAUGACCGUGGAAAACGCGCGUCUCUCGCGAUUCGUGUCCAGAUGACGGCAAUGGCAGGCUCCAACAUGGUCUUUUCCGAUGUGGAAAGUUUUCUAGAUGCGCACCCGCAAUUAUUAGAGGACUAUCUGAACAGAAAAGGCAAGGCGAGUGUGGUGGAAAAGUGGAUGAAGAACCAUCACGCCACUAAAACUCCGGCGAACUCCAGCGCGGAGGCGGAGAAGGCGGCGAACGCGUGCAGCAAAGACAGCUGGGCGAGCAGAAGCGACGGGCUGCAGAGACGAGCCUCGCAGAAAGAGCUGAGGAAAACCUUCGCCAGGUCUAAAGCCAUCAACGCCAACAGGACUUACGACGAGCACGUGAACUCCAGAGCGCAGGAGCCGCUGACCAGCAUGAGGAGGCGCGCGCUGCUGCGGAAAGCCAGCUCUCUGCCGCCGACCACCGCACACAUCCUCUCCGCGCUGCUGGAGUCCCGGGUCAACAUCCCCCAGUACCCCUCCACCGCCGUGGACUACAAAUACUACCUGAAGGAGCACAACGAGAGGGAGUUCUUCCUGGAGCUCGUCAAAGACAUCUCCAACGACCUGGAUUUGACCAGUCUGAGUUACAAGAUCCUGGUGUUUGUGUGCAUCAUGGUGGAUGCUGACCGCUGCUCCCUGUUCCUGGUGGAGGGACCGUCCAAUAAAAAGACUCUGGUGUCCAAGUUCUUUGACGUUCACGCUGGAACCACAGUGUUGCCCUCUCUCAGUAACUCAGAUGAGGUGCAGGUGCCCUGGGGAAAGGGCAUCAUUGGAUAUGUGGCUGAACAUGGGGAAACUGUCAACAUUCCCGAUGCAUAUCAGGACCAUCGUUUCAGUGAUGAGAUUGAUAAACUCACCGGAUAUAAAACCAAGUCUCUGCUGUGCAUGCCCAUCCACAACAGUGAUGGAGAGGUCAUCGGGGUCACACAGGCCAUCAACAAGAGUCCCAACGGAGUACUCUUCACUGAAGAUGAUGAGAAGGUGUUGCAGAUGUACCUGCCGUUCUGUGGCAUCGCCAUCUCAAACGCCCAGCUCUUCGCUGCCUCCAGGAAAGAGUACGACAGGAGCAGGGCUCUUCUGGAGGUUGUGAACGAUUUGUUCGAGGAGCAGACCGAUUUGGAGAAGAUUGUGAGGAAGAUCAUGCAUCGAGCUCAGACGCUGCUGAAGUGUGAACGCUGCUCCGUCCAGCUGCUGGAGGACAUUGAAUCACCGGUGGUGAAGUUCACCAAGUCCUUUGAGCUUCUGUCACCCAAGUGCAGCGCCGACAUGGAGAACAGUUUCAAGGACAGCAUGGAAAAAUCAUCCUAUUCUGACUGGCUGAUUAAUAACAGCAUUGCAGAGCUGGUCGCCUCCACUGGGCUUCCUGUGAAUAUCAGCGAUGCCUACCAAGACCCACGCUUCGAUGCUGAAGCCGAUCAGUUCUCUGGCUUCCAUAUUAGAUCUGUCCUAUGUGUCCCUAUCUGGAACAGUAACCACCAAAUCAUAGGUGUGGCUCAGGUCUUGAACAGAUUAGAUGGAAAACCAUUUGAUGAUGCAGAUCAGAGGCUGUUUGAGGCAUUUGUGAUAUUCUGUGGACUGGGAAUCAAUAACACCAUUAUGUAUGACCAAGUGAAGAAGUCCUGGGCCAAACAGUCCGUCGCUUUGGAUGUGCUUUCAUAUCACGCCACUUGCUCAAAGACUGAGGUGGAUAAGUUUAAGGCAGCAAACAUCCCUCUGGUGUGUGAACUGGGCAUUGAUAAACUAUCGUUUGAUGACUUCUCUCUGGAUGUGGAUGCCAUGGUCACUGCAGCUCUGCGGAUGUUUAUGGAGCUGGGGAUGGUGCAGAAAUUCAAAAUAGACUACGAGACACUUUGUCGAUGGCUGUUGACCGUGAGGAAGAACUAUCGCAUGGUUCUGUAUCAUAACUGGAGACAUGCAUUCAACGUUUGCCAGUGCAUGUUUUCCAUGCUGACGACGGCCGGCUUCCAGGAGACUCUGACUGAGAUGGAGAUUCUGGCUCUGAUAGUGGGCUGCAUCUGCCAUGAUCUGGACCACAGAGGAACCAACAACGCUUUCCAGGCCAAGACGGGAUCAGCUCUCUCUCUUCUUUAUGGGACAUCAGCCACGCUAGAGCACCAUCAUUUCAACCAUGCUGUUAUGAUCCUGCAGAGCGAGGGUCACAAUAUCUUCUCUAAUCUGUCGUCACAUGAGUAUGGAGAACUCAUGCAGCUCCUGAAACAAUCCAUCCUGGCCACAGACCUGACGCUCUACUUCCAGAACAGGAACUCCUUCUUUGAGCUGGUGAAUAAAGGAGAAUACAACUGGAACGUGAAGGAACACAGAGACAUGUGCAGGUCGAUGUUGAUGACAGCGUGUGAUCUGGGUGCUGUCACGAAACCCUGGGAGAUAUCACGCAAGGUCGCAGAGCUGGUGACGAGUGAGUUUUUCGAGCAGGGAGACAGAGAGCGAUCAGAACUGAAACUGACUCCCUCGGCAAUUUUUGACCGAAACCGCAAAGAUGAGCUACCAGGUCUACAGCUGGAGUGGAUUGAUGGAAUCUGUGCGCCGCUGUACGAGACAUUUGCCAAAUUAAACCCCAAACUCCAGCCGAUGGUUGACUUGAUCAAGGCCAAUCGUGCCAAAUGGGAAGAGCUUCACCACCGACACCAGCGCAGCCAGGAAAGCAGCAGUCCACGUAUCGCAGACACCACUGCAUCCAGCUGCAGCUGAGAAAUAAACCUGCCAGGUUUCUCCACAUGCUUCUCUCAGACCCACAGCAGUGCAGACGGAAGGAGUUUUGACCUCUGCUGCAUGCUUCAGACCAGCAGACUUUACCUCACUAGCGCCCUCUAUCGGGCAUUUACUCUGUCUGCGAGCACUUCAGGCAACCGCGAACGAGUUUGCAUUCGUCUCCAUAGUGCAAAGACUGCACGUUUAGCUAGCAACGGAGAACCUUAGGGAUGUGUUUACGCCCAGAAGCUAAUUGGCUGAAUUAGCUACUUUAGGGCUAGCAUGCUAACAUAAAGACUCUAUCGUGUGCGUACGCUACUUUCAGCAGGGACUGUUUAAGAAGGGUUGCCGCUUUUUGAAAGGUAUGAUAGUGUAUUUUUCCCUUUGUAGCUUUGAUCUUGUUGAAUGGAGACAUGUCCCGAGCACUGGAGCGUGGUUCUGUUCUGUAUGUCAUGUGAGGAAGUGAAUGCUGCAGGGUUUGUCUCUGUUGUUUUAUCUGAUGUGUUUAUUCCAGGAUCAGGGGUUUGUGGAGCCGCGGGGCUCUUGGCAAUGCUUGCAAUGCAAACCCACUCCAGCGCUGUACUCUGUGCCUUGGUAAAACCCUAUGAUAAUGCAUGCCGCCCAUCCUUGACAUCACUCUUCUCUCUAGUUCACAUUGCAUACCAUCAUGGAUUUUCCCUCAUGUCUUGGGUCUGUUUCAUAUCUCGAAGGUAAGCAACGUGUUUUUACUCCAGCGCCCAUGAUGAAAAAUUAAAAUUCUGGCAUCAUUUAUUCACACUUUUAUUGUUUCAAGUAUGGGGUGUGAGAGCAAUAUUUUCUACGAUAAUAUCAUAAUUGUUUAAUCGAUACGCGAUUUGACAUUAUCAAGUAUAUUGCAAAAACCUAACAAUAAACAUGUCCAUAAACAAUAAGCUAGUUAGGUGUUUCGUCACUGAAUGGAUCAGCCUUUUGAACUCACUCCACAAAUUUACCACAAAUUUUAAGUUUAUAUUUAAAGUAUAUUUUCCCUUUUGUUCCCCAAAUCCUUUUAAUUAUCAAUAUUAAAUGCUUUUUUAUGCAUUUGUUGCUGCAGGUUAAAUGCAUUCAUGUUCUGCGUCUGUGUGUAACAGUCAAUGUGAAUGCAUCUAAAUGCCACUUCAGAUGCAGAUUCUGUGCCAUCUCUGCAAUACAAAUUUAAUAUGAGUCAUAACAGCCCUAUAGUGACUUACUAUUUGAAUUUAUUGAUUACAUUUUCUGACAGAAAAGAUGAUGCAUACAUUUAAUUAGGUUAAAAAGGUUCAUAAAAGGUAAAAAUCUGUUUAAACUUAUUGGAAAAAAAGAAUUUCUGUUACUCCUAUAAACUAACCACCUCACAGAAUAUGAAGAGUAUCAAAAGUUUUGGGAGUCACCUGCCAAAAUACCAGCACAAUAACCUGCACAGCAAAAUAUAGUGUAAUUAUUGUUUUUUUUUCUUCAUUAUCGCACACCCCUAGUAUGUAUGAUGCAAAAAAAGAGAAAUCCUGAAGAUUUGUACUCUGGUGCGUUUCCCUAAAUCAUAAGUUUUGUUGUUACCAACAUAAUUCAACAGUUUGGUGUUUCCCAAAUCUAUAUUCCAACAAACAUUCGCAAACAACUUUUUUCACUCCACCUUCUUAACGUCAUUAACCAAAAUUGUCCAAAUGAGGGAUGUUCAACAAAGGUCCUACUUUUCAGAAAACCGUAAAGAAAAUAAUUUGUUUCUCCAACAAUGCAUCGUACUAAAGUAGUUACAUAUUACUUACUUUUUGACUAUAAAUGUGAUGCCGCUCCUCGUGUAAAUUACAUUUCAUGAUGAUUGUGACUGUGACGUUUCAUAAAUUAUUAAAGAAAAUAUUUGAUGUAGUAACUCAGAAUUUCAGAGAUGCAGCUUUGUAACUUUUAUUUAGAAAAAAACAAAACCUAACUUCACACAAAAUGCAUUUUUCCAUUCCAGUGUGCUAUUUUCCAAUAGUUUUUCUAUAUAAACCCACUAGGUGGCUGUGUAUGACCGUUGCGCUCACGUCUCACGCUUUUGCAGUGUUUCGUAAAUGAGCUACAUGUUUUGGAGAUGCCAUGUCAAGUAAAAAAAAAAUCUACUUUUACAUGCAGCACCGCCCAUCAAUGUCAUUUCCAAAACAGUGGGCCAAUCAGAAGUCCCCGUAGGCGGGGCGUGCAUUGCAAGCUUUAGUUUACAGUAUCAAUCAGGCAUGGAACUGUUUUUCUGUGACGGCAACACAGCAAAGGAAGCACUGACAGUGACUGUGUGAGGAUAUUACAUUUUUUUCAAGCAAUUAUCACAACCGGUUUCUUUACAAAAGGAGCCUGAUAUUCUACUCUGCUGUUUUCUGUUAUUGCAUCACAUCUCAAAAGCCUUUUAAAACCAUUUCUUUAGUAUUUUUAGACCCUAAGAUGUUUUAUAUGUGAAUGGCCUCUCAGGCUGGAGUGAAACAGGCCGUACAUGCAUUGCUUGUUUUAACCACAUGAAGCAGCACCCACAGUCACAUACUUCCCUAAUAUAUAGUAGGCCAAAACACUGAGUAUGGAAAGUGUAGUAUGUCAAAAUUCAGAAGAAGUACUUACUCGGAGAGUGUGUGAUUUGGGACGCAGCCGUGGUGUAUGCAUUACCUCAGACCCACACCGAACGCCUGGCAGGUUUACACAGAAGUGCUACACACCUUCUGCAUGCUUUAAAUAAUUUUUUUAAUAAUUAGGUAAUGUUAUUCAACUACUACUGAAGUGCAUUACUCUCCUCCACAGAUUGUCUCAUAAAAGUAGUGUAGGAAACGUGAAAGGAAAUGUCUGCUAAUGUCUGUUUUGUCAGCCACCUUCUUCCACAUGAGUUGAUGACAAGAGUUCGGAGACAUGUAUGUGCCUUUACUAAUUAAAAUCUACUUCAUAGCACACGGGCAUCAUUACAGAACCUCUCUGUAGGGAAAGUUAGCUUGUUUGUAAAUGAAGCUUUAAUCUCAUCUAGCAGGUUAA